AUGAGCUACUCCGAGUCCGUUUAUCGCCAAUACAAGGACCUGACGAGUUACAUUGUAUCUUGGCUCGUGGUCACCGCCAGAGCGGAAGGGUGCGCCCUUGAGCUAAUCGAGCGGAGUCCGGAAAGCAGAACAGCUAACGCAUACCCUUUGCCACUUGUCAAGUUCGUUUCGCUAGCCCAGUGGCUUGAAGAGCAGGGGCGAGUCCACGUGCCAAGAUCCAUCCUGAAGGGCCUUAGCCGUGUCAUUGACCUCCGCCUUCGCUAUUCCCAAGGGUUGAGUGGGACCCGGCCACCCACGGCUGAUGACAACCGCCAUGGCCACUUUGUAGGUGUUCUCCGCGAGCUACAACAGGUCUUGCAGCGCUUUCCGGUGGCCCAAGUGGACAAAAGGACGCUACAGGAGUCUCGUUUAUCAGCCACUUUCUCGGUUCUAGACAUUGGAGACAUCCCAGAAGAAGAGGAUUUGGACACUGUGGAACGCCACGAAUUUAUUUCAUCCAAUGAUCCUGAGGUCGAAUACACCUACGCCGCGGAGGACAUUCCUCCCAUCGAAGAAGCAAUACUGCUCUUCCAACUCUUACUGGAAGACUUUCGAAGCCUCGCCAACCAUGUCCGUGAGCAGUGGGAUAAAUAUAUCGCCGGCAGACUCGACCUCGCGGCGGCGGCCGCAACCACCGAUAUGGCAUUCCUCUUCGCCAAAGGUCUCGAGGACACCGCUCACGCAAGCAUUAUGAAGAUCAUGUCGGCAGACACCGCGCGGCGCCAGGACGCGAUCCAAGGGCUGUCCGGGGGAAUGAACAUGUCAAAACGGGCGACCGCUGCCUUUCUAGAUGGCAACAUUUACCUGCCGCUUUAUUACUUCCUUCUUGGGCCAAGCCAAACCACCAACAUGCCCAACGACUACGCCUUGGAGGAGAAGGUAUACUACACCACAUUCAUGGCGAUGACUAGCUGGUUUGCCAACGCCUGCAUCCGCCAGAAUGCAUCCGGUAACCGCUUGGGUACCCAGGAGGGUCAGCACGGCGACCACUCAUACGCGGCGCCGUGGGAGGAGCAGGAUGUCGGCGACAAGCGCAGCAAGCUAAACGCGUUCGUCAUGGAGACGGCGACCGAGCUUCACUUCAUCGGGUCGCUAAAGGACCAGAUACCCUUCUUCGAUGAGCUUAGCAGGAGUACGUUCCGCUGUAUCGAAGAAAAGCAGCUCUAUAUAUCCGUCGUUUUCGGGAUCGACCUUCUCCACGCCAUCCACACCAAACUCCACGACUCCGGCCGGUCGGGAAGCCCAUUGAUCGCUUUGCAAACCUUCCUCGAUUCCACAACGCAAAGCAUGUCGGCGCUCUCCACGGCUCUCCCAGGCGAUGCCAACCGCAUGAUUCUUGAGCGCAUGCGCCAACAUGCAACCCAGGCGCAAACCGACAUAUUCCAGACCCUCAAGCGCGCCAACCGAAACGCCGGCGUGUCCUCCACCACCUCCUUCUUCACCCUCCGCCGGCACCCAGUUCUCUGCGGUCUGUUCCUCCUCGCCGAGCGCGCCAUCGCCCAAGACACAGCCCUCACCCUAGAGCGAAACCUCGGCGGCCUAACCGCGGCCAUCCACCUCGGCCACGCCUUCACCACCUCCGGCAUCAUCCCCUCCCUGGGAACCCUCAAACUAACCACCACCCGCCAACCCGCCACCGCCUUCUUCCUCGGCGGCAAGCGCCCGACCGAAAAGUCCCAGUACCUAUCCGCUUACAGCCUCGCCAUCGGCGAAUCCAUCACCAACACCGCACCCGCCAACACCCGCAACCGCAGAAACAACACCCCGCUCGCAACCCGCAAACAAAAGCUCGAGCUGACCCCCCCAGCCCCCUUCUCCCGCGCCGUGAUCGCACGUCUACGCGAUCCGCACGGCCGCUUUUCGCUCAGCGAGCCCGACCUAGUUGAGAUGCUGGUCGGGUCGGGCCACGCGCUGAUGGCGAAGGUAUACGGCGGGGGUGCUCGUGGUGCGGAUAGGCGUGUGGAUAGGGGUGCGGGUGCGAGUGUGGGAGAGGAGGGUAAGGCAGGGCCGAAGCCGAAGCCGAAGCCGAAACCGUCGCCGCUGAGGCAUGCGGCGCUGUUGCUGCAUGCCGAGGUGCCUGUGCUGGAGCAUGGGUAUUUGGAUGCGGUGCGGGUGGCGUGGGAGGGGCUGCGGGCUGUGCAGGGGGUGUUGGGGGGGCCGGUGGAGGGGUUGGGGCAGGCUGGUGGUGGGAGGGGUUGGGCUGCUGGGGGACAGGAGGACUGUAGCGUUGAUCCGGCCGAGGUUAUCGUUGGUCGCGUGUUCGGGGCGGCAACCGGCCAGUCGCUGUUUGAAGCGGCCGGAAAAGCUUUCGGGGAAACUGUCGCUGACAAGAAACCCGCGAAAAAGUGACUCUACAUCGAGACCGGUUGACCUCGCCGCAUUCUAG